AUGCCAGGGGGGCCGACACCAAGGUCAUUCGUCACGCUAAUGCUACUCCAGUUGUCGCUAAAAUUUAGUAUAGUAUCCGCUGACGUCGACUCAGCGUCAGACAACGUGGAGUCUCUCUUCGGCAAAGCUCAGGGCAUUCAAUUAGAAGGCAGUAUUUUGGCAUCAACUGCGAUUAUUGUCGGUGCAGUGAUGCUAACUUUUGGUUUUCGACUCGUCCGUCCGGCACUUUUCGUUGUUGGGUUCGUUGUUGGAGGCGUCACCAUUGCCAUGAUCACCGAGCGCUUGUUCAGUGACGAACCGUGGGUUGUUUUGGCGUCUUGGAUAGCAUUCGGAGUCGGAGGCCUGUGCGGUGCUGCAGUCAUUUGGGUUUAUCCGGUCAGUACCUUCGUUGUUGGUGCCGCGACCGGUGUCAUGACUGGGAUGAUAAUUACCAUUUCGCUUGGAUAUCUUAUCUAUCCUGGCCAUAGCAAGGAUUUGAUUACGCUCCUGUGUGUAGUACUUGGAUUCGUCUUCGGGGUGUUGGCACUGAAGUUAGGGAAGCCCCUGCUGAUCAUUUCAACUAGUCUUUUCGGCUCCGGAAUGGUGGCGUGGGGCGUUGGCUACUUCGCUGGAGACUUCCCGGAUGCCAACGACCUCGAGCAAUACGAGUCAGAAGAUAUUAACGGCGACACAGUGUACUCUAUUCCUCCUGCGUGGUGGGGCUAUCUUGCUGGAAUCAUCGUGUUAUUCGUGUUCGGCAUGUUCAUUCAGUUCCGUAAGACUGCGCGCAAUGGCAAAGAUAACAGGCCGAAAAGUAGACGUGUCGACGUCGCUGAGUACGUUGAGACGAAAACUGCGCGUAACCAGAGCCAAGACAGUGUGGAUAUGGAGGUCACACCCCGUCAUGUUCGACCUCAGAGAGAAGUUCGAGAGAAGCGUAGGGUUCGGCGGGUUCUCCUCCAACAAACUCCCAACCAACAGCGUAUCAAGAAGCAGCAGGCACCUCCAUCGUCGUUGUAUUCGACUACCCCUCGCUAUCAGUACGCCGAUCUCGACGCUACUGGAGAAAUCAUCGAGUACGAUGAGCGUAUACCACACCAGAAGCGCGUUUUCUCUUCGAACCGCGAGCCCGACCUGUACGAGCUUGAACCGAGCCGUGGGCCGUGUGCCAUCUGUGGAGACCACGGUCACAGAGACAGCUCGAUCUGCUCGGAGAAGGUCAUUCGCAUCGAGAGGCAUUAG